AGGAGAUAGAAGUUAGUUGUUAUUGUAUCAUCGGCAUUUCAAGUAAUCGAAUAGUUUAGUAGGUUGUAGCCGUUACGGUUUCGAUUUAAAAAAUCCGCGAAAUAACGGAAAGCUAUAGGCCUGAAUUAUAAUUAGUGCUUGCUGAUUUACGUGCUGAUUCAUAAUUGAUUAUGGCAGCAGCAAGGUAUAUUCCGGGCUUGACCCCACGGCCAGUAGAUAAUGGAGAAGAAGAGAUGCCUAAUUCUGCCAUUCCAAAGGACGUCCCACCUGAACUAAUUGAAGCUUUUAAGAAUGGUGCAAAACAGCCCAUCAGUGCUUUGAUGGAGUAUUGCGCAAUGCAACGACACACUGCAACUUUUAAAGAAGUCCCUGUGAAGAGUUAUUCCCUUGUUAACAAGUUUGCCAAUGAGUGUUCAGUUGACGAUAUUAGUUACCCACAAGGCACUGGGAAGACCAAAAAAGAUGCAAAGACAAAUGCAGCCUUCAUAGCUUUCAAUAUUAUCCUGGGAGAUGAGACAUUUGAGGAUUAUGGAGAAGAAACACCCAGUAAUUUACAAGGCCAGCUGUCUCAUCAGUCAGCUGCCAAGGGUUUCCCGCCUGUUACCCAUGGAGCAAGUGGGGAGUAUCAGCCCCCUCCUCAGAAGCGGGAUUUGAACCGCAUACUGGAGGAAUACUUGAGGAAAUGCGGGAAACCUGGUGGCGUGCAAGUGUUGGAUGGACCAUUUGGGUUUAUAGGUAAGGUGACGAUAGGUGGGCGUGUUGUGAGUGAGGAGACGGCGAAGACAAAACGUGAGGCUCGUGAGAUGGCACUGGAGACUGCUCUGGAAGCUCUUCUAAUUGGAGAACACCUGGUGAGGAAGGAUCACUGGGAGGACCUGAUUGCCAAGGAAUGCUACCGCAAGCUGGAGGAUCUGAUCUCACAGUGCCGCAGUGCCGACCUACACCAGGCACGCCAUUCCUUUGCUGCCUUCAUCAUCAACAGGGGAUUGGAUAGUUUGAAGCCAGAGAUGGUUGCGUUUGGCACUGGCAACUCGUGUCUUUCUGGGGAGCAUCUAAAGAUGGAUGGCCGCAUGCUGAUAGACAGCUAUGCUGUGGCAGUGGCCCGCAGAGCACUUCUCAAGUAUUUCCACAAAGAAAUCAAGAGCUAUCUGGAAGGUAACACAGUCACAUCCAUCUUUGAGGAAUCAUGUCCAGGGGGCAAGUUCCGCUUUAAGCCUCACGUCACACUACAUCUGUUCCUUAACAACCCGCCACCGGGGGACUACAGAGAUUGCCUUGAAAUUGCGUGUGAGCCUUUGACACAUGAAAAUGAAUGUGCCACAGAAGAAGGGGCCCACUUUCCUGCCUUCACUGAACAGCUGCCAGGAUGGUUCUCUGUCAAGAAUGAAGACGGGGUGAUAGAGUGUGUGGAGGAGGACCAGGCCCCCAUACAGAACCUAGAGGACGUGGAGACUGGUGACUUGCUGGUCAUGUCCUGCAGUGACAAGCUGCUGCUCUGGAACACUGUGGGGCUGCAGGGUGGCCUCUUCAGCACCUUCAUGCUGCCUGUCUAUGUCAACUCAAUUAUAUUAGGGCGUGAGUAUCACCACGGUCAUCUGUCACGGGCUGUGUGCUGUCGUCUGUAUGAUGUGGUGAACAGGUACCUGCCCAACACAUACAGGCUGCACCAUCCAAACCUGUCCUCAGGAACUCUUCACAUUGAAGAGAUGGAGGGAAAAGGAACAUCACUCAGUAUUAACUGGUCCUUGGCAGAUGAGCUUCCUGAGAUUGUGGAAGGAUUCACAGGCAAGGUCACUGACAGCUCACCCUCCCGAAGCACCAAGAACCCCGGCCCAUGUGCCAGCCGUCUGUGCAAGGCUGGCUUCCUGUUCCGGUUCCGUGAGCUAGGCAGAAUGCUCAAGAGUCCGGAAAUAGCGCAGGCUGCAAACUACCAGGAGGCAAAACAGAUGGAUCGAGAUUAUCAAGAGGCCAAGCGCAUAUUCAGGUCCUUUACUCACAAGAUUGGGCUGGGCCACUGGAUUCAGAAGCCGCGGGAAAUUGAGCAGUUUGCAUCUUGAUUUGCCACUUUAUGCUUUUGUGCCUAAAAACUCAGAUAUGAGUGGUACUAUUACUAUAUACAGUCACUCUUCUGCUGUACAUGUACAUAAGUCAAAGUCUAUGUGCAGUGUUCUCCAGUGUGAGCUGUCAAAUUUUGAUUUAUUUUUUUACCAGGAAAUCUGAAAUUGUAAUGAUGUUUUGCUUUGCAUUUUUACUUUUGGUAUCUGUUGAAGAAAAUAGUAUGGUAAACUAUUAUGGAUGUAUGAUUGAAUGCAGCAUUUUGUCAUAAUAUAAAGAAUCUUCAUUUUUUUAAGCUGAGUUUCAUGUCUUUAUCAUUCACAAAUAUUACAAAUCAGUUUUGCUUUAUAACUGGACAACAAAUUUUUAUUUAUGUUAGAACAAGUCAUGUUAUGAAAGAAACUAUAUAUUUAUUUACUUUAUUUUUUUCUGACAGGGUAUGUUCAUGCCAUAACAAGGACUGUUAUCGUUUUAUUAUCUUUGUUGUAAAGCAACAUGUUCUUAUUAAAUGUUUAUUUUUUCAA